AUGAGCGAAUCGCAGGCCCGGCGCACGCCGCGCGAGGUCGCUCGCUGGGUGCUGGGCAUUGAAGCCGCUGCCGUCGAGGGUUUGCUGGGGCAGCUCGACGAGAGCUUCGAUCGCGCUGUCGAGUUGCUCGCCAAGAGCGCCGGCCGAGUGGUCUGCACCGGCAUGGGCAAGAGCGGCCUGGUGAUGAAAAAAAUCGCCGCCACCCUGUCCUCCACCGGCACGCCAGCUUUCUUUCUGCAUCCGGCCGAAGCCAUCCACGGCGACCUCGGCAUGGUGGUCGAAGGCGACGUGGUGCUGGCGGCCUCGUACUCGGGCACCACCGAGGAGCUGCUGCGGUUAGGCGAGCUAGUCGGCCGACUGGGAGUACCGCUGGUGGUGAUGACCGGCAAAGCGACCAGCCCGCUGGCCCGCCACGCCGACGUCCACCUACCGGUAGCCAUCGACCAAGAAGCCUGCCCACUGGACCUGGCGCCAACUGCUUCGACCACCGCCACCCUAGCGAUGGGCGAUGCCCUAGCGAUGGCCCUGCUCGAGACUCGCGGCUUCACCCACGAGGACUUUGCCAAGCUGCACCCCGGUGGUCAGCUGGGUAAGAAGCUGAUGCGGGUCGGCGAGCUGAUGCGCGGGGGCGAACGUUUACCGCGAGUCGAUCAAAACACCUCGAUGUCGGAAGUCAUCGUCGAGAUCUCCGCCAAAGGCGCCGGCAUCACCGCCGUCACCGGCAAGGACGAGCGCCUCCUUGGUUGCAUCUCCGACGGCGACUUGCGCCGAUUGCUGACCGAGGGCGAUGGACUGCUCCGCCGCCGCGCCGCCGACUGCAUGCACCCGACACCGCGCACCAUCAACGCUGAGCCACUGGCCUCGGCGGCGUUGCACGAGAUGGAGGAGCACCGCAUUACUUCCCUGUUCGUUAUCUCGGAGGGUGGUCACCUCGAGGGCCUAAUUCACCUGCACGACCUUUGGGGCCUGGAGCUCUUCUGA